AUGUCUUUAGCUGGAGCGCUGUGGUUUGCUGUCCAGGAUGAUUUAUUCACAAACGGAGUGUGUAACACCUCAUCAGCACCCAGCAUCAGCAACACAGCUCAAGACAAACAAUCCAGCAUCAGUGAGCCGAUCUCCGCCUCCGAGACACGCAGUGUCCUGGACGCACUGGAUGACAGCUUUAUUUCUCAGACUUUACAUCUCAAUCGACAGUGUUUGCGGUUCAUCGUCGAUUUCAUCCAGGCCCGGUUAAAGAAAGACGUGUUUGCGCCCAGCCACAGCCUGACCCCCGCGGAAGCCAACAUUCUGGCCACGCUUGCCUACUACGCACAAGGGUCUCUGCCCAGUAAAAUCACAGAGCAGCUGGGAAUAGAUCAGACAGCAGCGGGCGAGGCGGUGAAGACCAUUACCAAACUCUUAUCAGAAAUGUGUCCUGAUUUCAUCACUUUCCCGAACAGUUAUAAUGACCGCAUGGGUGCAGCACAAGCCUUUAAGAACCUGAGUGGCAUCCCGCAUGUGGUGGGAGUGCUGGGGUAUCUGCACCUGAAGGUGAGCCCUCCGGUCGGGGAGGAGCACAUGUAUAUGAACACCAUGGGUUAUCAUUCAGUCAUGAUGCAGGCCAUAUUCGACGUGGAUGGGAAUCUGUUGAGUCUGGAGCAGUGCUGUCCGGGAGGAACCCCUGAACGCACUGUUUGGGAAAAUUCAGACAUUGGCAGACAGUUCAGCAUAUUUCAACACGGUCAUACGUGGGUUAUUGGUGGCAGAAGUCUGCACGGUUGUGGACAUGUGUUGACACCUGUCGAGGCUUUUCGCAUCAAAAGCAAUGCAGCCCUGCGAUUUAACAAAGCACAUGCUCAGCUAUACGGCCGUGCACAGCAGGUCUUUGGCAGUUUGAAAAGCCGUUUCCAGUGCCUGCGUGACAUUGGAUCCAUUCAGUUACCUGAGUCAGUGGCAUGUACCAUCAAAGCCUGCUGUGUCCUGCACAACAUCUGCAAGAAGUUCUCUGUACCGUUACCCUCAGAUUUUAGCCUAGAGCCGCUCCAUCCACCAUCUGAGAUGGUAAACAUAAUGGCAGAGCAGCCAUUUGACUACAUGGAAGACACUAAAGAUGAAAUGAUAGAAAUGUUUUUCAAUAUUGCAGAAGAUGAAGGCCAAUGAGAUGUGACCAGUUAUGUAAAAUAACAAUUGUGAUAGCAAAAAGACAGAAACCAUUGCAGUUUACAUCAUGUACUGAAUGCUAUGAAAUGAACACAGACAAAUGCAUGCUAAGUCAGUUGAUUCUUCACAUAGUUUUAUUCAAUUAAUCAAUAAUUGAUCAAAAUAAGUUAAUGCUAAUACAGUAAUAUCUGUCAACAAGUGAUGUGAAUAAAAACAAAAUGUCUAUGAAAGACUUUAUAUGGCACACGCUUUAUAAUACAAGUCUGUUACAAGAAAUGGUAGUGAAUGAUUAUCAUAUUUAUAUAAACACCAUAAGAGUUGCCAUGGUUGUAUCCGAAAACAUGUACCAUGGUACCAAGUCCAGAUGUUAAUAAAAGAUAUUAAUAGCUGGUACCCCCCCCCCCCCCUUUUUAAGUUAAUUAUUUACAAAUUGCUUGUGGCUGGAAACAUAUAAUGUUUUGCCUUGUUAGGAAAUGAUGUAAAUGUAUUAAAAAUUGAAAGUAAAAAAUUUAACAUUUCUGUUCUUACUAAAGUGCAAAAAAAUUACAUGACCAGCAAAUACCAAAACAGGUAAGACAACAUUAUUUACCCAAAUAUGUGAAGGUGAACGUGAAAGUUAAUUAAAUUUGACUGAAACUUAAUCUUAAACUCUGAUUGGUUAUUUAAGAAAUACUUAUUUUAUUUUUUUAUUUUAUUUUAUUUCAUUUUUAUUUAUUUUUUUGAAGAAUGCUUACACAGCUCUUUCUAUAUAACAACAGCUUGCAGAAAUCUGUGAAGCUCCAAAACAAACUCAUUUUCCAUUUCUUGGCAGCUCUGAAAAAUCAUUCUCUAUUUUGCAUACAGAUUUGAAAUGAUUUAAAUCAGGGUACCCAGUCCUGAUGUAAAUAAUUACACAAUUAUUGUCUUUAAAUGAACUAUUCCUUUAAAGCAUACUGUGGCUGAGAAUACAUGACACUGGCUAAAUAUAAAAAAAAUACUUUUCUUCUGUAUUAAUCUAAAACAAAUUGAAUUAAACUGAUAUUAAAUAGACUGUCUCUUAUUUCAAUUUUAACAACAACAAAUAUAUAUAUAUAUAUAUAUAUAUAUAUAUAUUAUAUAUAUAU